GCUCUCAGGGCUACAGGUAGGUGGGUACCCCAGUGCAUGGCAGGCAAUGGGGCAGGUGAGAAACACUGUGCAAUGCCCAGAUGAAUGGGGGGACUUUGGGGGGGUCCCUCUUUGCAUCCACCAGUACCCCACCAGCUCCCCAUUCUGCCUGCCAGGUGCAAAAUAGCGUCCCUCUGAAAGACACCCCACUUAAAAACCAAACCGGGGGGGCCAGGAGGAAACCCCGGGGGGUGGGACCACCAGCCCUUUGCAUGGGUCUGUCCUGUCCCCGCCCCCCCACGGUGCCGAGUAACCCCGCAGUGGCUUGUGGGGGAUGUUCUCACGACUCCAUUGCCUCUUGUUUUCCUUCUCCGUAGCCUCUGGUCCCCGCCCCUCAGGAGUUUGGCCAGCGCAGGUGGGUUGAGAUCCAGCCCUCUGGCCGGCCCAGUGGAUAGGAUCCGCACUGGGCCUUGGGUUCUUUUUUGUGGCUGCGGACUCGUGAGGUUCCUGCUCUGUGCCUCAGUUUCCCCUGGACAGUUCUUUGAGCUCUACCCCGGUGGGUCUGGCUCCACCACAGUCACAGCCCAAAGGAAGUCAAGGCCCUGUGGCACUAGGCGCUGUACAUGCCGGGCCUCUCGCGCCAUGCUGGCCAAAGGCGUAAAGCGCAGCCAUGGGGAGAUGGAGGGCGAGGACCCGGAGCCCCGCGACCCCGGCGCCGCCCCGGCCAGCGCCUUGCUCGACAUCUCCAUGCUGAAGCUGCACCAGAGCCUGCGGCACGUGGAGCCCGACCUGCGGCACCUGGUGCUGGUGGCCAACACCUUGCGCCGGAUGCAGGGCCACAUGCAGCUGCAGGCGGGGGGGCCAUCCGGCCAACAGCCGCCCUCCCCGGGCCAGGGGGGCGACCUCCUUCUCUCCACCAUGGACGCCUCGCUCUGCUCCUCCAUCUCCACCCUCCUGGAGGACUUGGGACAGCUGGAGAGCCUGAGCCCGGCGCGGCCCGAGGAGGAGCAGCUGCUGGCCGGGGAGUGCGGCACCAAGCCGGAGCCGGCCCCGGGCCACGGCCCCUUGGACCUACUCAGCUCCGCCAGCUACCUGACGGAGGACGGCCUGGAGGACAUCUUCGAGGACAUCGACACCUCCAUGUACGACUGCGACCUGUGGUCGCCCACCAGCCUCUCCGGCUUCAAGGCCUUCCCGGGCGCCGAGGGCUUGGACAGCAAGGCGCUGGCCGGUGCCGAGGGCCGGCUGGACAUGAGCGACCUGGACUACCUGAUGGACGUGCUCGUGGGGGGACACGGCCUCUGAGGGCGGGAGGGGGGACAGGAUUAAAAAACCCCGGUCUAAUUUAUUGGGGCCUGAUCCUCAGCUGGGGUAAAUCCAUUCCUGUCAGGAGCUGGAGUCCGGCUCUGGUUCCUCUCAGCCACGCUCCGGCCACUCGGUCCUGCUCUCGGGGGGCUUUGCCCCCAGACGAUACCCCCUUGGAGGGGCACACGCCAGCUCUGGACUGACCGGGGAAGGGCCCUGGACCCUGCCCCCGAGGUAAGGGGUGGAUUGGGGCAUGGAUGGCAUGUUCUGUGGUGACUUUUCUCUGCCCUGCCCAGGGCUUAUGCGGGGAGCAGCCCGGAGGUUGCUCUGACCGACCCCAGGGCUCAGACUACGGGGAGCACGCUGUAACCCCGGCCCAAGAGCAGUGGCCGAGAAGUGACCUGUUCCAUAAACCCCUCCCUGCUGCCCCGGCCCCCCGGCUCCCCCCCACCCCCCUGCCCGCC